AAGAAAAGAGUUAGCAGGGGAGAGAACUGAGACAAGAUAAAGUAAUAGAUAUGCUGCAGGUGGAUAAGUUAAUUAAGUAAUAUCCACAUAAACGACAUGAAAUAAGGAGAGUGGUUUUGGCAGCAUCACAUUUCCUAUUCGUGCAAGGCCUCUGAUCCCCAUGAGUUUGGGCUAAACAUGAUGGAAGAAAUCAUCUCAAGGGAUCUGCUGUCGGCAGAUCUGAAAUGCAGCCUAUUCGUUGCAGCACUAAAGAGCUAUAAGCGAGACUCUGUCUUGAGGCCGUUCCCUGCUUUGUAUACAAGUGACCAAUAUAAGGACUUUGAGGCUUUGAUUGCAGAUUCGAGUGCCUUGCCCGGCCUGCAUGAAAUCAUUCAGGAUAAAAACAACAGAGACCAAAAAUUACUGAACCUCCUGAGCUGGAUUUUAUCAGAAAAGCUGUUUACUAUUAGAAGCGUGCAAAAGGAUAAGUAUGAGGAAAUCCAAGCCCUGCCAGGCUCUCCCAGUCAUGCCUUGCCCACUCCUGACUUCCUGUUUGAAAUAGAAUACUGCGAGAAGCUGAGUGCCAAGUUCAAGGAGACUCGCGGCAACAGGGACCUGAUCUAUGCAUUCCAUGGCAGCCGACUAGAAAACUUUCAUUCUAUACUGCAUAACGGCUUGCACUGCCACCUCAAUAAGACCUCCUUCUUUGGUGAAGGCACAUACCUGACUAGUGACCUGGGCCUUGCACUUCUUUAUAGUCCCCAUGGGCAGGGAUGGACUAGAAGUAUUUUGGGCCCAGUGCUGAGCUGUGUGGCCAUGUGUGAAAUGAUUGACCAUCCUGAUGUGAAGUGCCAAGCUAAGAAGAAAGAUUCUUCUGAAAUUGAUCGUAAGCGUGCACGGGCGCAGAACAGCGAAGGGGGAGAUGUGCCACAGAAAUACUUUGUGGUGACAAAUAACCAGCUGUUACGUGUAAAAUACUUGAUGGUGUACUCUCAAGAGCAACCUCGAAGAAGAUCCAGACAGCCAACAUGGUUCUCCAAACACCGCUUUGCUAUUAUGAUGACACUCUACCUGUUUAUACUGAUUCUAAUUGGGCUAAGCAGCUCUAAAGGCUUCAUCUAUCAUUGGAACAGACUUUUAGGCUGGAGACCAUGAAUUUUCCAAACGUACAGACCACGCCGCAUGCCUUAACAAUGCAUCUGCUAUCCAGCAAUGCAUUCACUGUCCCUUUCCCUACUCUGCACUUUGACUGGUCUACUUGUAAACCAUUCCAAGACAUGGGAGACCCUACCUUCUGUUGGGUUGCUCAGUACACUGGGGGCUGUACUCAUCCUAGUGAGAAGAACCAUUAAAUUUAAUUCAAGAUUAUAACACUUAAAAGACAAACAUGAGUAUUAAAAGAUACAUAAGCAAUACAAACACAAGCAGGUAUGAACUGACUGACAAAAGAAGUGUGCUGCUUGCUACCUCAUUUUGUAGCAAAGGUGGGUGUAAAAUACAUUUCUAUCAGAAACAAAGUGUUAUGCCUCCAGCCUGUAUCGGGGGGGGAAAGGCUGCCUCGGUGUACUCAUACAGUGGCGGAGCUUUUGUGAAUAUGUCUAUAUGUGCUAACGGCCUGUGUGUAUGCGAUGGAAGAAAGUUUAAUUUUGGUUUGGACAAACCACCUCUUACACCCAAGUCCAGAUCUAUUUUUUUCCUAGGCUGUUCUUUCUUCAGUAAGCCAGCUAUAAAGAAUAAAGGCUUAGCUAGUGCCCUCUUUCAAGCCAAGUGAAUUAAUCACGUGUUAUGUCUUUCUGUUCUUGGAGUUAGAAAGGAGUAAGUUUUAUGACGCUAUUGGAAGAGCAAUCAUUGGUGCUAUAGUACAAGAGCAAUUUAUAUAAGGGGUCACAUAUUGGUUUAUUUUAAGAAAAGCAUUCUUAGUCUUAAUUUUUUAUACUCUUAUUUAUCUUUAAUUGUUUUAUGGGACUAAAUCCAAAAUAUAACCAACUAGUCAAAGUAAUAAAGACAUUUGAAUCUGUUCAUUCCAAAAA